UUAUACUUGUAAAACGUUGAAAUUACUUUUGUCUUUUCCACUCCCGCUCUCACCAAAUCAACCCCUUCCAUCACUGUCUCUCUCUCUCUCUACUUAUUUUCUUACAUCGACAAAACAGAACCCUAGAACAAAAAACACGCAGAAGAGAGACAAAAAGUGAGAAAGACACUGCCUUUCUACAGCAUUAUCGACAAGAAAUUCAACACCCGUUUUACGUUUUUCAAGAAACAGGGUUUUUGUGUUUAUUGAGAUUGAUGGUCUGUUCAAAUUGAGUUUUGAUGGUGUUGUUAUGUUGAGAGUGGAUGGGGAGUGAAGAGGUUUUGGAGAAUUCUACUCUUAUGGAUGUUAGUAUGAGUUCAUGCAAUGGAUCAAUGGUCCAGCACACCAAUGGCAUCGAGGAGAGUGAGAAUCUAGGCGCUGAUCUACUUAAAGAUUUUGAUUUGUGUUGGGAAGAUAUUGAGGAUCGAUUGACCGUUUCUAGAAUGGUUAGUGAUUCGGUCAUAAAGGGCAUGGUAUCUGCAGUUGAACAAGAGGCAGUGCAGAAGAUUGCUCAGAAAGAAUUGGAGUUGACUAGAUUGAAGGAAGAAUUGCAUCUUUACCACGUGGGCGCAGAUGAAAAUGAAUCUUUGUGUUCAGGGAUGUGCCAAGAGCAAAAAUAUAGAAAAAAUGGUCUUUAUUCUACCCAUUCAGAUACAUUUGUGGAGCAAGCUCUGUUACAAGAAUCUUUGGAAAAUCUUAAAAUUGCAGUUAAAGGGAAGCUUAAGAAGCUCAAGAAAGAAAUUCACAAGGUUAAAGGUUCCUGUUCUACGAGGAGCAGGAAUUCAGCUUCUGAAAUUGUGGGUUUGAGUGGUAUUCUUCCAGAAAAGGUGCCUGAUAAAUGGAGUGAUGUGGACAGAAUGCUUGAGGAUCUAGGAGCUACUCUGGACUCAUUCUACAAACACACAGAUGAUCUGGUCCGUUUCUCCAAGUUAUCACUCUUUGAGUGGCAGCAGGAGAAGGAGUUUCAGGCAGAAAUUGAAGGGCUGGUUAUUCAGAAUUGUAUUAGGGGUCUCCAAGAAGAGUUUGAGCAGAGUUUGUGGGAUCAAAAUACCCAGUUUUUUGGCAAUGUAAGUGCAAGUUGGCUUGAAAAGGUGAAAGAGCUUUCAAGUUUACGUCAGGAAUUGGAUGCCAUUGCAAAGUCACUGUUUGUAUCUGAAAGCGGGCAGUUAAUUUCUCAUGGUUCCUUUGAGCACCGGAAGUCUUCAGGUCAUCAUGUUUCAAAUGGAAAUCACGAUGAGUCUAUAAUUACUAUGCCAGAAAAUUUGGAAGCUGCCCAACUAAAGCACAUGAACAGGGAAGAAUUGUUUCAUUAUUUCAAGACUGAGAUGACUAAAAUGAAGAGACACCAUGAGUCAAAAGUGCAAGAGAUGACGGAAGAAAUUUUCAGCCUCAAGAGGGAGUACUUAAAAGAAAGGGGUUCUUCUUUGCCAGUGAGGAAGGAUAAGGACUUAGACAUACUGAGGAAAAAGAUCGCUGAAGUCAUUUUGAAAUUGGAUGACAUUCUUGUUGAAAAUGAGAAAUUGCCUUCAGCGAGCAACAAUGCAGAGAGUCUUGACAAUAUGAAGGACAGACUUGAAUCCCUUCGUUUAGAAAACCAUGAACUACGAGACUUGCUUGCACAAAAGAAAAGGGAAAUAAAGCUCCUUUCCUCACAAGUUUCUGAUGCUACUGAGAAAAUGUCACAACAUUCUCUGACAGAGGUAAACUUGUUGAGAAUAAUCACAAAUCUUAAAAGUUUAAUAGAAGAUACACAUGUUGAAACUACAAUCAGUGAAGAUCUGCAUAAAAUACUUCUCAAGGAGUUCAUGGGCCAGAUCAAAUGCUUCACUAACGAAUCAGACCUGGAGUAUGAUUUCAUGGAGGGAAUUUAUGAAAUUAUAUUCAGAGAAGCAGCUCAAAAUGCCAAAUCUGCUAGCAAAUUGGAAAUUGAAGAUUCAGAUAUGGAGUCUAUUAUUACACAAGGGCUGUUGGAAGUUGGUCUUCAAGAGGCCUUCAAGGAAGCUGAGGAGAAACUUGGUAGUUUGAACCAGAAAUAUGUUGAUGAAAAUAAAGUUCGAUUGACGCUUGAGAUGGAAGCUAUGGAAAAAGAAAAGGCAUUAAGAAUGAGCAUUGCAGAGAAAGAAAAACUAGACCAAGAUAUACACUUGCUAACAGCAACAAUUCAAGAGAAAGACAAACUAGUGCGGGAAUCAACAGAUGCGUUGGAAAAGGAGAAGGAAAAUUUAGAGUUGGCUUCUAGAGAGCUUGGCAAUUUAAGGGCUCAGACAAGUCAGCAGCGUCUAUUAAUUUCACAAAACAGUGAAGAAUCUGAGAUCAUUAAACAUGAUUUGCUCGAGGCUUUGGACAAAAACAAACUUUGUGAAGAGGAGAUUAGCAAGUUGCAAGAGAAGAUUCAGCUAGUGACAGAGAACUUGAGGGAAGCUACUGAAGAGAAAAGCAUGCUGCUUGCUGUUUCUCAAGAGAAGCAAUCAUUGGUUGAAGCAAGAGAAAGGGAGCACAGGGAGCAACUGGAUUCAAUAGUUGUUCUUGUCAAUGGAUUAUCAAGAGCAGUUACUGAUUUUGAAAGCAGAGCCACAAAAGAAAUUAAAAGGAGUAGCUUGAGGCUGGAAAAUCUUAGUUCACAAUCGGGUUCUCUUAUUCAGAAGGCUGGUAUACUUAAGAGAAUGGGAUUUCUGCACAAGCAGAAGUUGGAAAGUAGGUGUUCUGACCUUCAAAAGGCUGAAGCUGAGGUUGAUCUUUUGGGUGACGAGGUAGAAAAUCUUCUAAGCCUCCUUGAAAAGAUAUACAUAGCACUGGAUCAUUAUUCUCCGAUAUUGAAACAUUAUUCUGGAAUUACUGAGAUUCUAAAGCUAGUUAGAAGAGAAUUGAAUGGAGAAUCUAUGAAACCAGUUUGAUUCGACAAGGUAUCCUCUCGUUAUUUCCUCAUCAAUAAGUUUUGUUGAACAGAUGAUACUGCAUAGUGAGGGAGGGAAUUUUACCAAGUGCCAAGUGCCAGGUGCCAAGUGCCUUCUACAACACAUUGAAGCUUCAAACUCUUGCAAAGUGGAAAGUCAAAAAAAUAUUCUUAGUUUUUGGUGUCAGAAGGAAAGGGAUACAGUCUCCCCCUUGGCCUUCGGAGGGGCACGCCAAACGCCCGCAACAAGAGGCGAGGCAACUUUAGAAAAUUUGGUUUUUGUGAUACAGAAUGGUCCCACAUUCCUGGUUCUGGACUGCUUGUCACAGUGAAUCACAGACUGGUUCUGUGAUUGACAGUUUUCAGUUCUCCCUCCCCCCUUCUGCUUACAUAGAUUAUAGUUUUAUCAUACCAUAGGUUUACAGCCUGUUAAUGUAUAGGUCUUUCAGCGGUUAAUGAAUCAUUCUUGCUAGUUGGUAGGCAAGUUUUCAGCUGUCUUCAUUCUUGAGAUACGAUAGCUGUUAUCCCAGGUAGAAAAGAAAUCUCUUGCAAGCAGAUUUUUUGGGAAUCAUCAAAAA